AAAGGGGGCAACCGCGUCGCUUCCGCAAAAGGAGAGGCGGCAAAAUGCCGGAUAAUAGCGGAAGGACGAAAUAAUGUAAAUAGUUUGUUCAAAGUGCUGCUGAGGGAACAAAUGGCAGCAUCUGCGGACAACGUAUUAAAACACGUUUGACGGGAAAAUGGCCUCGUACGACGAACAACUUAUUCGAGCAGGAGAAGAGAACGCCAUACGACGUCGACGACUGGAAGCCGACAAUAAGCGACGAGCAGACGUCCAGCAGCGGAUUGGACGCCAAGGAAAAUGUCUUUCUUGGCCGCAGGAGGAUCCACAGCCACCCCACAUUAAAGAGGAUGAGGGGGAACUUUGGCUCACUCGGGAGGGAGAACGUCUUCUUGGGCUGGACGAGGCCGAUCUGACUAUUGUCUCUGUGAAGAACGAAAACGACAAAGACGAAUCGCAAGCAGACAGCUUCUUCGCUCCGCAAUCAAAUAGUGGCAACACAACACCUGAGGAUGAAGACAGGGGCAACACCCAAGAACCGUUAGGCAGCGAUACGGACCAUGAAGGCGAUAUGAGGAGCGACGCCAACAACAAACCCUCUAAAAAGGAGACGGGUAAAGAAAGUUUUAGCUGCUCGGUUUGUGCUAAAGUCUUUUCUUACAAUAGCGCUUUGACUCGACACAUGAGAACACACACAGGGGAAAAACCCUUCAGUUGUUCAGUUUGUGGAGACAAGUUCUCUCUAAAGGGCAAUAUGAUCAAGCACAGGAGAACACACACUGAAGAAAAACCUUUCAGUUGUUCGUUUUGCGGUAAAGGAUUCUUCCACAAGGCCAACAUGCUGUCCCACACCAGAACGCACACAGGAGAAAAACCUUUCCGCUGCUCGGUUUGCGGCGACACGUUUGCUCACAAGGCUUCUCUGACGGCGCACACCGUAACGCACACGGGGGAAAAGCCCUUCACGUGCUCCAUCUGCGGCGAGAGCUUUUCCUACCUCAGCAACUUGAAGUCCCACAUGCGGAAGCACACGGGGGAGCGACCCUACAGCUGCUCAGUUUGCGGCAAGCGGUUCUCGCACAAGGUGAACAUGGUGUCGCACAUGAGGACGCACACCGGGGAAAAGCCUUUCGCUUGCACGAUUUGCCACGAAAGCUAUUCUUACAAGCGCAGUCUGAAUAAUCACAUGCGGACACACGCUGGAGGAAACCCUUUGGUUGCGCGAUUUGUGCUAAGUGUAAAGGAUCAAGGGAACCUGGAGCAAAGCGCCUGGUUGAGCGACGCAAAGAUGUCUUUUCAAGACUUUGUAAGGGAGCGUUUGAUGGUAGCCGCCAAUGAAAUAUUCGACAUGUUUGAAAGAACUAUUGCGUCCUACCAGGAGGAACUUUCUCGAACGAGAGAGGAGAACGAGCGACAACGACGUCAACUGGACGCUGUUAUCAAGACUGAAACUGAGCUACCCAGCAAAGACGUCCAGCAGCUGAUUGGUGGUCAAGAAGAGCGUCCCCCUCAGUCGCAGGGAAAGGGCUCCACUUUGAAACGGGUGGAUCCACAACCCCCCCACCUCAAAGAAGAAGAGGAGGAACGCUGGAUCACUCGGGAUGAAGAGUGUCUGCGAGGGCCGGAGGACGCUGACUUGACAGUUGUCUCUGUGAAGACGGAAGAUGAUGAAGACAAACUCCAAGCACACAACUUCUUAGCUCCACUAUCAGAUAGUGAGGCUGAAGAUGGGGUUGAAGACGCUUUAAGCAGCGAUACAGACUGUGAAGGCGAUGUGAGGACUCACACUGAUAACAAACACCCUGAAUGCUCUAAUAAGGACACAGGUAGAAAACGUUUCGCCUGCUCAGUUUGCGGUGAAAGUUAUUCUUACAAGUGCAAUUUGACUCUGCACAUGCGAACGCACACAGGAGAGAAACCUUUUCGCUGCUCGAUUUGCGGUGAAGGGUUCAUCCAGAAGGUGGCUUUGAUUGCGCACACGACGACGCACACGGGAGAAAAACCUUUCACUUGCUCAAUUUGCGGUAAAAGCUUUUCCUAUAAGAGCAACUUGAACGCGCACGCGCGGACGCACAGUGAAAAACCAUUCGGCUGUUCAGUUUGUGACAAAAGAUUCGCUCAAAAAGUGAACAUGGAAUCGCACAUGAGAACGCACACAGGAGAAAAACCUUUUAGCUGCUCCAUUUGCGGUAAAAAAUUCUCUCACAAGGCAAAUAUGGUAACACACGUGCGGAUACACACGGGCGAAAAACCUUUCGCUUGUUCAGUGUGUGGGGAAGGUUUUGCUCAAAAGGUGGCUUUAGUCGCACACACAAACACACACACGGGAGAAACACCCUUUGCUUGCUCCGUUUGCGGUAAAACGUUCUUCCAAAAGGCGAACAUGGUAUCCCACAUGAAAACGCACACAGGCGAAAAACCUUUCACGUGCUCGGUGUGCGGCGACAGUUUUGCGCAGAAGAUCACUCUGAUUGCGCACACCAGGACGCACACGGGAGAAAAACCUUUCAGUUGUUCCUUUUGCGCCAAGGAAUUCUCCCAAAAGUCAAACAUGGUGUCGCACAUUAGAAUACACACGGGGGAGAAACCUUUCACUUGCUCGGUCUGUGGCGACAGCUUCGCUCAGAAGGUGUCUUUGGUCGUGCACGGGCGAACCCACACGGGGGAAAAACCCUUCAGUUGUUCGGUUUGCGGUAAAAGGUUUUUCCAGAAGGCAAACAUGGCGACACACAUGAGAACACACACAGGGGAAACCACUUUCAGUUGCUCGGUGUGUGGGAAAAGCUACUCUCAUAAGUCCACGUUGAUGGCGCAUAUGCAGACACACAGCGGGGAAUAAAAACCUAUUCCCAGCGUUUAUUACUAACAGUAUGCUCUCCAGUGUAAUGAUGAACGCACUGAUUCAUAUACUGGGGAAACAAAACAACCACUAAGCCGACGUAUGGCACAGCAUAGACGGGCAAACUCUUCCGGCCAGGGAGAAACAGCACUCCUUUGACAACAAAAAUGUACAGAUUCUGAACAGGGAGGACGGGUGGUACAAAAGAGGAGUGAGGGAAGGUUGAAAAAACAUCCCUGAACAAAAGAGGAGGUCUGCGACACCACCAGUCUCCCACAUACAACACUGUCCUUUCAACCAUUCCUAAAAGACUCCUAAUUUAGCCUCUAACAAAUAACAGGAGUUAGAAACGUUGAUUGACAGUGAGAUUGCUUGCUUGCAUCAAAACAGUUGUUUUUUUUUAACUACCAGGGGGAAAAACCAUCCUUGCCCAUGCAGGCACACCCUCCUGGUUUUUGGAGCACCAGCCGCAAGACCAAAUCUGACCAAUCUUAGUCUAUGAGCAUGAGCUGUUGAAAUCUACUUGGAU